GCGCUGGGCUGUGGCUUUGCUGGGGCCAGACCCGGCUGGGGGCCCCACUGGGUUGCCGCCCCCCAUUGCGGUGAGGUGGCAGGUGGGGGGGGGUUGUGGAGUUGUAGCUGAGCCCUUGGGGGAAUGCAGGGGACUGUGCCAGGGAGCUUGUCCCCCCCACCCUCCAGAACAGGGCACUGCCCCCAGGUCACCCGCUGCCCUUGUGAUCUCCUCAGUCCCGACAGGGCGGGUCUGGUGGGAUCCCCUUUGCACCUCCCCACUUGCCUGGGUCUGGUGCCUGGCUAAAGCCCCAGGGACGAGGGGGCUGGGGGAGCUGAUGCUCGGUGCCACAGGGGCUGUUUGGGCGGCCCCUGCGCUGGUCCUGGGCUGGGCCAAGGCCGCUGUGGGACUGGACUGUUGUUUGUGGGUUGCUGGCUCGGUCUCCCCAGGGUGGGCUGGGUGCCCCCUGCUGCCCCUUGGCCCCCGGCCCUCCAGGCUUGUUGGCACUUGUUUGCCCUUGGGCAGCAUCCACCACACGCGCUGUUUAUUUCAGGCGGGCCCCAGCCCCUGGAGCGGGUAUAAAUAGGGGCUGACGCUGCCCAGGGCCCGGACAGGUGCACGGCCGGAAUGCCAGCCGCAGCCAGCGGGGCGCCCGGGCAGCCAUGACGGGAGAAGGCAGAGCAGGGACUGGACACCCCCUUCCCCUGGGCGAGCAGGGCCCAGCCAGCCAGGGAGCGAGUGAUCCGGGGAGAGCCGUGCACAGCCCGGAGCCAGGCCUGCCAAGGGUCCAGCGACCUGGGAAUGUCCCGUUCCCACCCCCACACUUGGCACCGGCUGGGGAGCGCGGAGCUAGUCAUGGGGAGCCGGGCUUAGCACUUCCAGCCUCCUCUCCCAGGGUCCUCCUGUGAGCCAGGCUCCGGCUCUGCCAUGUCCCGCCCCUACUCUGUGCCUCUUUCCCAGCUGUAGAGAAGCCUGGCCUCACUAACCCCCCCCCCCCGAGUUUUUAUUCAUGUUUGAAAGGUGCAUCCCAUUCCCUGCCCCCUGAGCCAGCCAGUCUCCGUCCUGGGGCUGGAUGGGAGCCAGCACCCCCCAGAGGGGAAAGGCCCCGUGUCCCAUUCCCUGCCCCCCGAGACAGCCAGUCCAAGCCCUGGGGCUGGAACCAGUGUCCCUGGAGGGGAAAGGCCCCCAUGUCCCAUUCUCUGCCGCCCUGAGCCAGCCAGUCCCUGCCCACCCUGGGGUCAGAUGGGAGCCGGUGCCCCCUAGAGGGGAAAGGCCCCAUGUCCCAUGGGGAUGCCCCAUCUCCUACAUUUCAUGCCCUGGCUCCACCCUCUACCUUUCCUGUCCCCCCUUCUCCCCAGGUAAGUGGCGACAGGUAUGAGGGGACGGUGCGGGCCUUCGAGGUGCUGGCGAGGGGAGCCGCGCAGGAGCCAGAGGGCUGGCGGCGCGGCGUGGCCGGGGUGCGGGAUGCCGUCAGCAAGGAGAAGCAGAAGGUGAAGGAAGAGAGGAGGAAGAAGCUUGAGACACUCAACAGCUCCCGGGUGCGGCUGGAGAGUCUCCAAGACCUGGAGGACAUUGUGAGGCUGUGGAAGCACAAGAAGAACCGGACACGGGUGGUCCGCCCCAAGGAGCCAGAGCCGGCAGUGACGGUGGAGCCUGUGGAUGCUGCGCGGUUCCUGCAGGCGGUGCUGGAGAACCAGGUUCCCAUGAUUGACAAGUACCUGGCAGACGGCGGGGACCCCAAUGCUCACGACCAGUUCAGGUGCACGGCGCUGCACUGGGCCUGCCUCCGGGGCCACACGGAACUCGUGGACAAGCUGCUGGCGGCUGGAGCCAGGCUGGAGCCCAGGGAUAUGCUGGAGGCCACGCCCGUGCUCUGGGCCUGCCGCGGGGGGCACCUGGAGAUUCUCAAACGCCUGCUGGACAGAGGAGCCAAGAUCUCCACGCGGGACAAGCUGAGGAGCACGGCGCUGCACGUGGCCGUCCGGACCGGGCACUGUGAGUGCGCUGAGCACCUGAUCGCCUGUGGGGCCGAGAUUGAUGCCCAGGACAAGGAGGGGGACACGCCCAUUCACGACGCCAUCCGGCUGGGCCGCUUCAAGGCUUUGAAGACUCUGCUGAUGUACGGUGCCAAUCUCAGCGUCCGGAACCAGGAGGCCCUGCGACCCGUGGAUCUGGUGAAGGACUGGCAGAGGGGCAUCCGGCAAACCUUGCAGGCGUGUGCCAACCGGCAGCACCCCCCUCGGCAGCACUGACGUAGCAGAACCAACGUUCAUUCCCCCCCCACCCCACACACACACCAGUGACCACCGGGGGGGACGGGGACCAGGGCGCUGCCCUGAGCUACCCCGGUGCUCCCUGUGCUCAUCCUCACACAGCACCCAUACCUGGGGAUCAUAGAAUCAUAGAAUCAUAGAAUAUCAGGGUUGGAAGGGACCCCAGAAGGUCAUCUAGUCCAACCCCCUGCUCAAAGCAGGACCAAGUCCCAGUUAAAUCAUCCCAGCUAGGGCUUUGUCAAGCCUGACCUUAAAAACCUCUAAGGAAGGAGAUUCUACCACCUCCCUAGGUAACGCAUUCCAGUGUUUCACCACCCUCUUAGUGAAAAAGUUUUUCCUAAUAUCCAAUCUAAACCUUCCCCAUUGCAACUUGAGACCAUUACUCCUCGUUCUGUCAUCUGCUACCAUUGAGAACAGUCUAGAGCCAUCCUCUUUGAAACCCCCUUUCAGGUAGUAAACGGGAUAGUGCCACCCAUCCUGGGGGUGCCCUUGGGGUGGGGUGAGGUGAGGUUUGAGGCUGGUCCUAGGCAGAGGAUUGACCCUGAUGCUCCCCCAUUCCUGGUCCCAUGGGGAUGCGUCCCUUUCCCUGGAGCUUCCCCUUGGCCAGGUGAGUCACUUGCUGUCCCUUAGGGAAACUGAGGCAUGGAGGGGCUAAGACUUGCCCAUGGCCACAUAGCCGGUUAGUGGAAGAGCUGGUGAUGAACCCAGGAGUCCUGCUGUUUCUCCCAGCCUCACUCAUCUCCCUGUGGCCAGCAGCAAAAGGAGAGGCACUGCCUUGGGGUCUGAGCGGACCCCCCACCUCUCCCUGGGCAGGCAAGCCCUGCGGCCUUCCCAAGGCUGUGUGCUGUAGGGAACACUGCUGCCUCCGGGGCCUAAGCAUGCAGCUCCCACUGCACCCGAGUCAGCUCGAGGCAUGGGGCUGAGCUGGGGGUGACCACUAACUGCAGGGAGAGGCUGACCUGGCCCUGGGGGGUAGAGCAUGGUGCAGUGAGAGGAGGCGGCAGGGCCCAGUCCCAGGUUCCUGGCUGAUGGGGACAAACGGGGGGGAACCUCUUGCCCUCAGCCGUUCCCACUGUCAGUCUGUGCCCUGGGCCAGCUUCUGGCCAUGAGUGCCUCCCAACGGUGUGCAGGCCUGCCCCCCCCCCCGGCCACGGGCUGGCAGGGCCUGGCCCCUCCUUGUACUAGGGCCUGAGGGGCUCCUGCUGCUGCUCCCCCGCACCCUCAUGGCCAAGGGGACAGGCUGCACCCAGCCUUGCCCUUGUCCCCCAGCAGCCAGCCCCACAGCAAUGAGCGUCCCCUGGGCUCAGGCUCCAGCCAGCAGGGAACAGCAGCAGGAUAGGACAUGGCUGAUGGCUCGUGGGGCGGGGUGCCCCCUUCACAGCCUGGCACAGGACAGGUACGGCUCCCUCUGGCCUGCCUGGAGGCUGUUCCUGGAGCGCUGUUGGCCCUGGAGGAGCCAAGCUGGUUGAGAUGCCCGGGGGGGGGGGGGUAGAUAGGGAGGAUGUGGGCCAAGGAACCCAUGACUCUCCAGCAAGUUAGGCUGGAGCUGGGCAGCACCCAGACGC